CUGCUGGACUCACUGAAAUCACAAGACUCUCUGUGUCUAUUACUGAAUGUUACAAGGUCGGGACGUAAAAAGGAGGAGACGAUGUCAAUUUCUCUAAAUUCUGCUGUUGGCUUCAACUCUACGCUGCAAACCAAAUACCAUCAUGUGUCUACACCAAAGGCCGCCUCCUUGGAUAUGCUUGCUUCAAGGAUACAAAUAAAUGGAAGAAGAAGAGGGUUAUUUGUUUCAGCUGUAGAUAAUGAUUGUCUUGUCACAGACACCGGCGUGAAGGGUCAUGGAGGUGCUGAGAGCUCAAUUUAUGACAAUCAGCUGUCAGCAGUGAAUUCCCCAAUUGAGGAUUCUGCAGUAGGAAACAAUGUUGGUGAGGAGUCAGGACCUCAAACCUCUGGAGCUUCCAAUGGCUCAACAAUUUUGGUGGAUAUAAAGUCUAGGCCAAAAAGGUCGCCUCUAACAGCAAGAGAGAGACUACAGGCUGCGAGAUUUAUCAGCCGUUACACAGAAUCAAAGACAUCAAAAUCAGAGAUGGGCAGGAAAGUAUUGGAUGCCCUGAGAGAAAGUGACGAGGGCAAGAAAAGAUCUGGCCUUCCAGAAGCCCCUGAAAACAUGUUUGAUGACAGCAAGCGAGGGUUGCCAAAGGAGGGGUGGACUUUUCAAUUUCCAGGGGGUUCAGAACUCUUUUUCAUUGUCGUUUCAUUUGUUUUAAUCAGCACAAUAAUGUUUGCAACGACUUACAUUGUCUGGAAAGUUGGUGCAAUCCAUUUUGAUGAGUAUUAAGGUGGAAUUUGGUGGGAUUCCGCUAUUUAGGUGAGCUGCCUCUUCAGAUACAUCCACAGAAAGAUCACAAACUAUUUGGAUUCAGGUAUUUGCACAAGUUUCUUAUAUUUGUUAGUAAUUUCAUGUCAUUUAGACAAGAUACAUGCAUGAAUGUACAAAGAAUUGCUUGGCUGGCAUUUAUGUAUCGAAGGAAAAUGUAUCAGGAUGCCCUUUUGGUUUUCUUAAUCUUACAUGAAUGACAUAGUUUUCAAAUUUUAUUUUAUUAUUUAUUUGAUGAUAAUGAUCUUAAGCUUAACCCAUAUUAUACCGUCAUUCUGUAUGUUAUAUGUACAUAAGCGGGCUGAUCCCAUAUGUGAGGUUUUUAUAGUGUAGAAGGAGCAUCUCUUUGCCAGUGGCACACAAGUUUUGUUCUUUUGUGAGUGCUAUAUUGUAACGUAGCAUUCAGUUGUGUCGUUAUUUGUGUCCUUAACCGAGAUUUCUCCCUCUCCCCCUCUCUUUUCGUGUUCUUUUAAUAAAUUGCCGUUAUUUCUGACCAAAAUCCAAGUAGAUAGGCGUCCAACUUGAUACAUUAUCGUGCUUGACAAAAACGUAUCUGGUUAUAUUCAUUUCCUGAUAAGCACCUGGAUUUGGGCACAUUUUGUUCGUGUUUUUGGCUCUUAAGUUUGGUUAGUUUGUUGAAGCAAUCUUUUAGGGAGGAAAGGAGAAAACGAGGAAAACACUGCACGGGUAAGCUUUAAACAGAAUAACGCAGGAUUAUGGACACCACACAAUCCUGAGAGAGAAAAUUUUGAACGUGAGUGGUUGAUCGAAGGUCGUAUCAAUCUUUAACCCUCUUUAUGGUGAGUUGCAGAGUUUGUGUGCUAUUGGGGCCAUUGGUGAUGGUAAUCGUAGGGCUCUUGUUUGCUUGUGCAGGACACAAGGACAGUCUUUAACACUGAACAGUUGAAGGUGGACAAAACAAGCCACCAAAAUGAAAGGUCCAUAGAUUUUCUAGAUUAUCCAGCUGAGAUGGUAAGAGAGCUGAAAGCAAAACAGAAGUGAAUGAUAGAUAUUUGAAAUCACAAGAGCUAUCCUUUAGUUUGUUUCGUUGCUAAACCCUAUCCCUCCAUUGCAAUUUGCAGCAGUUGAACAAAAUUGUAGAUGUAAAAGACAUGAGAUCAAGGAUACGAUGCAUGACAGGACACAUAAACAUGAUGCCAGUUUCAAUCAGUAGAGCAAGUGGUUGUGGGCUCAAUGGUACUUCAUUCUUUAAGAAACUUACACAAGGACAAGGAAAUAGAAAACAACUCAUGGAUAAGUAGUCGGAAAUAAAACAACUAAUUGACUCAAGUGCGCAGAAUCUGAGAAUUUAAGCGUCGCAAGUCUGUAGUGACAGAAUGAUGCACGGAUAAUCACAAAACAGAAACGGAGCGAUGCUCUAGAUAGUAGAUAGGUAGAUCAACUACCACAGUAAGGUCAAUCUAUGAUUUCCCACCACCAAAGCAGUUAUUUAUGCUUCAUCUGAAUUUGAUUUCACGCAACUGUUCCUUUUCAGUACGAUGUUUUAGCCACACGGAGUUACUUUGUUUGGCAUGAAGUUAUCCAAGUAAAUUCAUGUUGAGGUGACAGCCUAAUAUGGCCAAACAUGAUUUUCAUCUGACCAUUAAAGUUAACUAGACAUCACGCCAAUCACCAUCACGAUAUGAAGAUCACACAUUAUUAGUGCAGAUACAGUAGCUGUACAAUGAAUUCAGGAUAAAAAGAAGGAAGAGUAAUAGCUUAGAUUUUACAAAGAAAGCUUGCUUUUUUGCUUAGACAUGGAAGAUCACUAUUCUCCUUGCUGGCCUGCUGCUCCUGCAGAGGCAAACUGGGUUCAACCAAGUGCUGCAGUAUAUGAUGAGUCCUUUUUAGUGCCAUGCCCAUCUCAUGCCUCUGCUUCUGCCAACUUUCAAGUUAAUGGAUUCCCUUCGUGGUCUCUACCGACUCAGGAGACUUCGGAGAAUAAAGCUGCUUCUAAUUCCAAGAGUCAUAGCCAAGCUGAGAAGCGGCGCCGGGACAGGAUUAAUGCACAGCUGGGAAUUCUUAGGAAACUCAUUCCCAAAUCAGAAAAGAUGGACAAGGCAGCUCUUCUAGGAAGCGCGAUUGAUUAUGUGAAGGAUCUCAAGCAAAAAGCAAUGGAAAUCAGCAGAACUUUCACAAUCCCAACUGAAGUUGAUGAAGUAACGGUUGAUUGUGAUGUUCCUCAAGCUACAAACCCUUCCAGCACCAACAAAGACAAGGACAACACGUUCAUCAGGGCUUCUGUUUGCUGCGAUGAUCGGCCAGAACUGUUUUCGGAGCUUAUUCGAGUGCUCAAGGGCCUUAGACUAACCAUUGUUAGAGCCGAUAUUGCCAGUGUAGGUGGAAGGGUUAAAGGCAUACUAGUACUUUGCAAUAAGUGCAGUAAAGAGGGAGGUGUUUCAAUCAGCACUAUUAAACAGUCACUUAAUCUUGUUCUGAGUCGAAUUGCUUCAUCAUCAGUGCCAUCAAAUUACCGUAUUAGAAGCAAGAGGCAGAGGUUCUUUUUGCCUUCUCAUCUGUCACAGCAAUAUACAUAAUCAGAUAUAUUGAAAUUUCUUUCCUUUCUAA